UAUCGCGAGUGCGAGACUUGCAUUCUGAGAGAAGCCAUCAUCGGUGUCCUGAAACUGUUGUUGUGAUUUUCAUCGUUUAUUACAUCCUAAAGAUGUCUUCUCAAGUCCAAAGUUUGCAGAAACAAUUAACACAACUUCGACAAGAAGCUAAUGUAAACAGAAUUCCUGUAUCGGAGGCUAUACAAGAUAUACUGAGCUACACAAACCAGCACGCACAAGAAGAUGCUCUUGUAAUUGGAGUGAACCAGUCAGAAAAUCCAUUCAGGGAACCUAAACCAUGUUCCAUACUCUAGUAAAGGAACCAAACACAGAUGUCUAUUUUUAGUUACAAUGGGCAGUGUGCAACCUUUCUCAGUGUCCCCAUGUUAUCUGUAUAGAUUUAAACCCCAAAUGUUGUAAUAUGUUAUCGGUUUGUGACUAAGUUUUGUAAUGUUUCAUCUUUUAUUUAGAAUUUUGCUUUGGUACACUUUCUUACUUUCAACAAAGAAAGGGGGGAUGAAUUGAUACACAUUUCGUAAAUUCUAUUGCACCAGGGUUUUUCUAUAUCUUGAUAAAGUAUUGACUAAAGAUUCAUUAUUGAUCUGUUCAAAAUAUUUCUCUUUAUAGAGCAAUUGUUUAUGCCUUUUUACCUUAAAUGAAAAUUAAAACAUUUAAUGAUAACAAAAAGUAUUAGAGACGAUAAAAUUGAACGUAAUUAAGUGAUUUCAGAACUCGGUGGAUGUAGAAAGGAAUCCUUACCAAUGUCUUGUGCUUUACUGAACUCUGCUAUUAACAUGUGUAUAUACUUGUAUUUGUUCAACUUUUGAUUAAGCUUCUUAGCUCUCACUUCAGAAUAAGGACCAAUGAUUGACAUUGAACUGUGUUAUUGUGCAAUAUAUCAUAAAGCUUUAGGCAUUUUUUGUGUUCACUACAUUGACGUGCAAUAUGUUUUGUGUUCUGCAAACUUAAAACGGAUACAUGUAUAUUAGUAUUCACUUCUCUGUCAAAGAUAAUGUAGUCUCUAACAUUUUUUGAUACUUCUUUAACAUUUUUUUAUACUCAUAUAAUGUAUAAUUUCAGCAGCUUUAUUUGUUUUUAAAUACAGGGUGUGUAAUAUGUUGCUCCACAAUGCAAAGAAUGACUUCAAAGAAACUUUACAAGACAUGUAGCAAUUUGUGUUUAUUUUUUACUAUUGAUGCUUUAUAAUAACAGGAUGAAUUUCCUUUUUUUUUAAUUAAAAAAAAUUUCCUUAUUAACCUUUUAUGAAUUUUGUUAUAAUUUUAGUAGUUUUACAAUAUGACAGAAAAAAUGCAAUAAAUUUUGAAUAGGUU